UAAACUCGUCCGUUUCGCAUUAGUGGUGUUACCGCAACUCGGUCGCGCAGAAUAGUCGAAUAAUUUUUACGGUGAUGCUAAAACAAUUUCGUCAUUGCACGACAACACACUUUAGUACCGUAAAUCUACGCUAUAGUGCUGUUACUCUAAUACGCGAAUGUCCAUAUGGUUGAGUGAAUUCCAUGAUGUUUACCAAUUAUCAUUUAUCAUUGAUAAAUCGAUACGGACUCGUUAAUAACAGUCAUUAGUGUUAUUGUUAUUAUUAUUAUCAUCAUUGUUAUUCAUCCGUCCGUCCGUUUAUUGAUACACUCCGUAUGUUCAUUUCGCCGGUCAACUCGUAAUGGGAUCAUCGAAACUACUCUUGUCAAAUGCAAAACAAUCGGAUCGCUGUCAUUAGUCGUAUUUCCGCUACGAAAUAAGAAUGAUUGACUGUUGCAAGUUCGGUAAUGCGAUGUCUCUGUGAUAUUCGAGAUGUCAAACAGUAAUAAUGCAUCUCCUAGUCGUAUACCGAAGCCUCAUUGGAUGCGAAGUUCAAGUAGGUCGCCAAAGAUCCAAAGACAUCAAAGUCUACAAGCAUUAAGUACUUAUGAAAAAGAUGAUGAUUGUGCGUCUGAAAAAAGUUUUGGUAGUACAACUAGCAGUCAAUGUGAUAAUGGUCAUUCUAUGUUUGCACUUAAUGGUACUACUUAUUCCAACCGAAAAAAAGGGUAUCUACAUUACUGUUCCUCAAAUAUAGGCAGUGAAGAAUAUCUUACUCCAACACAAAGAUCUAGUCGAACUAUUAGGAAUCUUAGAAGAUUGCUAAAUGAUGCUCAUAGUGAACUCAAUGACAAAGACACAGAGAUUGAUCGGCUAAAAUUAGAGAAUAAUGAACUUAAAGUGAAAUGUGGUUAUGAAGCUGUUAAUAAUUCAAUUGCAGAAGGUGACGAAGAUGAAGAUGGUGCUAGAUUUAUAUCAAGUGCAGAACCUACACCAGAACCAGAUUCAAAUAAACUAUCCAGAAGUUUUUUAAAUCCAUCACCAUCACCAGCAGAUUCAGGACAUGGUGAUGAGUAUGAUGAAACUAAAAAAUUACGCCAAGCUUAUGAUGAAUUACGAGAAAAGCAUAAUGACAAAAUAGAAGAAUUAUUAAAAAGUUUAGGAGAACUCAAUGAAAAGUAUUAUGGAUUAAAACCAAAACUUGAUGAAGCAUAUAUUAGAAUCAAAGAACUUGAAAGAGAAAAUGAAUUUUUAAAGUGGUCUAAAGUUGUACAAGAUAAAAAUUGUGAUAAUACUUCUGACUUAAUAAAAAAAACAUUUAGAGACAUUCUUACCCAGACUCAACCAAUAUUACUUAUAGAUAAGAAGACUGAAACCGAUCAAACAUAUAAUGAUAAGUUUUGUGAUGCUAAUACAAUAAAUUCUACUCAAAAUUCUUUUCAUAAAGUUUAUAUUAGUAAAAAUAGUUCUGCUAUAAUUCCGACUCAGACUCAACAAUUUGUAUGUGUAGAAAAGAAUACAGAGACUGAUGGUCAAACAGAUGAAGAUAGUAUUGAUGAAUUGAGUAAUCUAAAAUUAGAACUCAAAAAAACCAAAGGACGUAGCCAAAGUGUUGGUGGUGCUUUGUUAUCUGGACCGGAGGCCAUUGCCCUUUGGAUGAUUGGAACAAAAAAGGCUAUGUAUGAAAGUAUGCUUCAACAGCAAUUGGAACAACAACGUCAACGGCCAAUAAAUGAUGCUGAGAUGACGUUACAAUUCUUAAAAUCUUCAUUUUAUUAUUAUCUUACUGAUUCUUCAAAUACUACUGGACACUUGAAUGCUAUAUUAAGCAUUCUUCGUUAUUCAGAAGCUGAAAAGAAAAUAAUCGAGAGAAAUCAAGCUUGGAAAUAGUAUUUUUUUUUUACCCGGUUUAAAAUGUAUUUUUGAAUUUUAAAUUUCUGCAAUUAUUGAUUUACUGUUCAACUUAAUUUAACUAUAAAUUUAAAAUAAUUUUUAACUAGAUGUUUACUUUUAUAACCACAUUUCACUAUU